AUGUCACCGGGACCGCAACUCACGGUGGUCGAUCGCUUGCUCAAGGACGUCAUGAGCUCGGAAUCGCCGUUCGGCGGUAAACCGGUCCUGUUCGCGGGCGACUUCAGGCAGAUACUGCCCGUAGUCCGCAGGGGAAACAGGAGUGCCGUCGUCAUGUCGUCUAUCAAACACAACUCCCUGUGGCAAAACUCGGAGAAGUUUGAACUGACGCGAAACAUGCGCGCCGGCAACGACGCGGUCUUCGCGGAUUGGUUGCUCCGGCUCGGCAGCGGCCAACUGCCGACGGUCGACGGUGUCCCGGACACCGUCGAAAUCCCUCGGGAAAUGGUAUGUGACGUUGCUGAUUUAAUUGAUUUUGUUUACCCGCAGCACAUGUCGUUGGCUAACGUCGACGAUUUCGCUCGGAAAAUCAUUCUGUGUCCUAGGAACGAGGAAUGCAGGCAAAUCAAUCGCAAGGUGCUCCAACGCAUCGAGGGCGCUGAAAGAACGUACACGGGCGUAGACUCUGUGGUGAUGGACGAUCCCGACGAGGUAGCAAAUUACCCCACCGAGUUCCUAAACUCACUAGAACUUAACGGCCUGCCGCCGUUCAGAUUGACACUCAGGGUAGGUGCUGUAGUCAUGUUGCUAAGAAAUCUCGAUCCUAAGCGAACACUGUGUAACGGUACAAGGUUAGUGGUCACCGAGCUCCGGCGACACAACUUUAAGGCUAGAGUUUUGUCUGGUAAUGUUGAUGCACAGGAGGACGUCGUCAUACCAGCGAUACCCAUGACUUCGGGUAGUGGAGACGACGUGCCUUUCGAAAUGAGGCGGGUUCAAUUCCCAGUAAGGUUAUCGUUUGCUAUGACAAUCAUCAAGUCGCAAGGACAGACGUUUGACCGAGUUGGAUUGCUUCUGUCGGUGCCCGUGUUCACACACGGGCAACUGUAUGUUGCAUUUUCGAGAGUGAGGAACGCUCAAUCUGUCAGAGUCGGCAUGUACGAUGAUGGCAAUGGGCGGUUUGUCACAAAGAACGUUGUGUACAGGGAAGUACUACCAACGGGGUAA